AUGGCCCGAAAACUUAAUAUUCCCCGAGGAGGCUCGAGGCCCUCCAUCAAUUCGACCUCCCAAUUCCCGGUCGACAUCCGAGGAAAAGUUAUCCGACCUAAUCAGAUUAUGGUGUCCUUUGACGUGGCUUCACUAUUCGCUUCCAUCCCGCCGGACCUGGCACGCGACGCUCUUCACAAACAACUCGAAGAUAACUACGACGAAACGGACAGACCCCUAAAAAUCGACCACAUACUGCAACUUUUCGCUUUCUGCCAACAAACCUUUUUCACCUUCAAUGGCAGAACAUACGAGCAGAUCAAAGGAGCACCGAUGGGUUCGCCAAUAUCCAGCCUGACUGCAGAACUAAUCUUGCAGGAGCUGGAAAAAGUCGCCUUCGAUCACUGUGAACCUGCAUUUUGGCGCGGGUACGUGGACAACACGUUCGUUAUAAUCGAAAGGAGCAGACUGACCGACUUUCAAAACCUGCUUAACGGCAUCUUCUCGGACAUUCAGUUCACAAGGGAAGAAGAGCAUGCCGAACAGCUGUCUUUCCAUGACUUUCUCGUCACACGCACACCCAACGGCGAGCUCAGCACCACGGUGUACAGAAAGGCGACUAACACGAUUCAGAUUCUCAACUACCAUAGUUAA